AUGGAAGUUGCUCGAACAAAGGAUGGUAUCUAUGUAUCACAAAGGAAAUACACCCUUGACUUACUUCAAGAAACUGGAAUGCUUGGGUGCAAGGCAGCUAAUACACCAAUAGAACAAAUAAAAGGAAGAGAAGAUGAAAGUCCACCAGCCGACAAAGAUAGAUAUCAAAGUUUAGUUGGGAAACUAAUCUACCUAUCUCACACUAGGCCCGACAUUGGGUUCGCUGUAAGCUUGGCUAGUCGCUACAUGUCAAAUCCAACUGAGUCUAACAUGAAAAUGGCGAAUAGAAUCCUCCAAUAUCUCAAAGGCACACCAGGCCGAGGCCUCCACUUCAAGAGGAAUUCAAACAGGGACAUUGAAGUUUAUACAAAUUCAGAUUGGGCAGGAUGCUCCACAGACAGAAAAUCGACUACAGUCUAUUGUUCAUUUGUGUGGGGGAACCUAGUAACUUGGAGAAGCAAGAAGCAAUUUGUAGUGGUGAGGAGUAGUGCAGAAGCAAAAUUUAGAGCUAUGGCCCUAGGUAUUUGUGGAGGAAUGUGGCUUAAGAGCAUGCUAGAUGAAAUCAAAAUUCAUGUGAACCAUUCUGUGAGGUUACUAUAUGAUAACAAAGCUGCUAUAAGCAUUGCAAAGAACCCAGUCCAACAUGAUAGAACAAAACAUGUGUAA